AUGGGGAAGGACAUAAGGUCAUUCCCUCUUCCCAAGAUCGAUGAGUCACAUGACACGGCCAACGGUGUGCCCAGGGAGAUCUUCGAGGAGUCCACCAUCGAGCUCAACGUUGAGGACGCAACUCUGUCGAACUCCCUCAACACCGAGCAGAGGGCUGCCUAUGAUGAGAUUCUAUCUGCUGUUGAUGCGAUGAGGGUGGCGUGUUCUUUGUGGAUGGACCUGGAGGCACCGGGAAGAUUUUUUCUGUACAAUGCGUUGCUCGCAACAAUACGCGGGCAGAAUAAGAUUGCUGUGGCAACAACUACGUCCGGUGUUGCAGCUUCCAUAAUGCCUGGAGGAAGAACUGCGCACUCGCGCUUCAAGAUACCGCUGAGUAUUGCCGAUGGUGCGUUCUGUAGCUUCACAAAACAAAGUGGGAUUGCCAAGCUUCUGCGGACGGCUUGUCUCAUUAUUUGGGACGAGGCUUCCAUGACAAAGAGACAUGCGGUGGAGGCUUUGGACAACAGCAUGUGUGAUAUAAUGAGCUGA